AUGGUUAUUAGCAGCCAUAUCUUUAUGUCCACUCUUCAUCAUCUCAUCCUCAUUUUUUUCAUCUCUCUGCUUGGAACUUCAUCCUACCUACAACUUAUUAAACCCGUUUCAUGUACCAAAAGCCCUCUUUUCAAAUGCUCAAAGGUGGAGAGGGAAGCACUUCUUAGCUUUAAAUACAAUCUCACAGAUCCAUCGGUCCGUCUCUCUUCUUGGGUUGGUGAGGAUUGCUGCAACUGGCUAGGCGUUGGAUGUGAUAACAACACAGGAAAUGUCAUCAAGCUUGACCUCAGGAACCAAUUUUCGUGGCAUGGUGGUUUUGAUCAAUAUCAACUAUACAAAAAGUCGUGUCUAAGGGGCAAGAUAAGUUCUUCUUUACUCGAUCUCAAGCAUUUGCGUUACUUUGACCUAAGCUUGAAUUAUUUUACUGGAGCCAAUAUUCCAAAGUUUUUGGGUUCUCUUGAGAAUUUGAGGUAUUUCAAUCUCUCAUUCUCAAUGUUUUCUGGAGUUAUUCCUCCCCAUCUUGGGAACCUUUCAAGGCUCCAAUAUCUAGACCUCAAUUCAAAAUAUCCAACAUUGAGUCAGUCUGAAAGUCUAGAAUGGGUUGUUGGUUUUCCUUCUCUUAAGUACCUUGGAAUGGAUAAUGUAAAUCUUGAGAAAGUACCGGAUUGGCUUCAUGCGAUUAAUGUGCUUCCUUCCUUACGGGAGUUACACCUAGCUAGCUGUGGACUUGCUAGUCUUCCUUCCUCUAUUUCCUCCAUCAAUUUUACACUACUUUCAGUUCUUGAUCUCUCUGGCAAUGAUUUUAGCACCUCUAUACCUCAAUGGUUGUCACAUCUAACCAACUUGCGAAGCUUGAAUUUAGGUGGCAACAAUUUAAUUGGAAAGAUUCCGAAUUCAUUUGCCAACCCUUGCAAUUUGCAAGCAUUAUAUCUGAGUGGGAACAAGAUAAAUGGGGGGAUAACUGAGUUUGUGGAUGGCUUGUCUCAAUGUUCCAAUAGUAGCUCUGAAGAUGGGAACUUACCGUCAAUGCAAGAAAUUGACCUCUCUGGUAAUCAAUUGAACGGAACCAUUCCAGAAAGCAUUGGGAAACUGUCAAUGCUUGUUUCACUGAAUCUUGCUGAUAAUCAAAUGAGCGGAACCAUUCCAGAAAGCAUUGGGAAACUGUCAAGGCUUGUUUCAUUGAAGCUUCAAGGUAAGAAUUCUUGGGAAGGAGGUGAGAAUUCUUGGGAAGGAGGUAAGAAUUCUUGGGAAGGUGUCCUAACUGAAGCUCAUUUUCUAAAUCUCACUCGAUUAAAAUCUCUUUCUUUCUAUAUGGAAGUUUAUGCGAAAGCAACAUUGGUUUUAGAUGUCAAACACGACUGGGUUCCUCCUUUUAAGCUGACAGAGAUUGUAUUAGAUAAUGUACGAAUCGGCCCAAACUUUCCAGUGUGGCUAAAAACACAAAAUGAACUCAAACAUCUUCAGCUCAAUAACGUCGGCAUUUCAGACACCAUUCCAACCGACCUUUGGAGGUCUUGCCCAAAUGUCAGCCUUUGGAGUUUAUCUCAUAACAAACUACAUGGGAAGGUACCAUACUUUCAAUUUCAUCCUUCAGCAGACUAUUUUGAUUUGAGUUACAACAACUUAGAGGGCCCACUUCCACUUUUUCAUAGUAAUCUAGGCUACAUAAUCCUCAGGAAUAAUAUGUUUUCUGGACCUAUUCCAAAAAAUAUAGGUCAGUUAUUGCCCACAUUGCAAGUGUUGGACCUCUCUUCAAAUUCAAUUUCGGGUGAAAUUCCGCAUUCAAUUGGAAUGCUAAAGGAAUUGGCAAUUCUUUUUUUGGGAAACAAUUCCUUAUCUAGGAAACUCCCCCACUCAAUGCGGAAUCUAAGUUCACUAGAAGAAUUAUUAUUGCCCCAAAAUCAUCUCGAGGGAGAGCUUCCCUCUUUCUUCAAAAAUUACAGCAGCUUGAUAGGCCUUGAUCUUGGAGGAAACAAAUUCUCUGGAAAACUUCCCGCAUGGAUAGGUGAAAGUUCACCAGAUUUAGAGAGGUUAAGCCUAAGGUCCAACUUGUUUCACGGGGACAUACCACAGCAGUUAUGUCUUCUUUCAAAUCUUUGGAUCCUAGACCUUGCACACAAUAAUUUUUCAGGAGCCAUCCCUCAAUGUUUAGGAAAUUUCAGUUCUGAUACAUUUGAAGAGUACAUGGGUGAACAAAUGUCGUUGGUUUCUAAGGGAAGAGAAGAUAUAUAUGCUGUUCAUCAACUCAGUUUUGUUCAUUUUAUAGACCUUUCAAGUAACAAUUUAUCCGGGGAAAUACCUGUUAAUAUUACAAACGUAGUAGACUUGGUGAGUUUGAAUUUGUCAAUGAAUCAUCUUGUUGGAAGAAUUCCUAAAGAAAUUGGGAAUUUACAAAAUUUAGAAACACUUGAUCUCUCAAUGAAUGAGCUUUAUGGUCCUAUCCCUGAAAACUUGUCUUCUUUGACCUUCUUAAGUCACUUGAACUUGUCAUUCAACAAGUUGUCCGGAAAAAUUCCAAAUGGGAAACAACUUCAAACAUUGAACGACGCUUCUAUCUACGAAGGUAACUCUUUACUCUGUGGGCCUCCUCUUUCAACCAAGUGUUCAGGGAAUGAAACUAAACCUAGAGUAACACCAAAUGGCGGUAACGGAAUAGCCAAUGAAAAUGGAAGGGCUAGUAUUGAGUCAUUCUCAUUCUACAUUAGCAUGACAGCUGGGUUUAUUGUUGGAUUUUGGGGAGUUUGUGGCACACUGAUUAUCAAAACAUCAUGGAGACAAGCUUACUUUCGAGGCUUUGAUAAUUUGAAAGACAAGAUUAUUGUGUUCGUUAUGGUCAAAAUUGUUCGCUUGCUAAGGAAGGUCAAGUGGGAGAGAAGUUGA